AUGCAGAAAACAGCUAAAAGACGAUUCAAUAAGGAGCAGAAUAGCGGCAGCAAGAAGUUCAAGAAGAUGAGGCAAGUUAACAAGAGGAAGGGAACAUCAAAUUACGCAGCAAAUGGAAGGAUGUCGAAGAAUGUGAUUGUGCCACAUCCAAAAUUCGAAAACAUUUUUAUCAACAAGAAGAAGGUGGACGCCCUCAUGACGCUGAAUAUGGUUCCUGGUUCUGCUGUCUACGGUGAAAAAAGAACUUCAAUCACCACUAAUGGUGAAUCAGUUGAAUAUAGACAUUGGAAUCCGUAUAGAUCAAAAUUGGCUGCUGGUGUUGUAUGUGGAUUGGAAGAGAUCUACAUCAAGAAAGAAACAGCGGUAUUGUAUUUGGGUGCAGCCAGUGGCACAACACUCUCACACAUGGCUGAGAUUGUUGGAAAGGAUACUCUGAUUUACGCAGUUGAGUUUUCAACAAGAUCUGGACGAGAUUUGAUCAACUUGGCUGUUAAGAGACCAAAUAUCGUUCCAAUCAUUGCAGAUGCCAGAAAUCCAUCUGAAUACAGAAUGCUGGUACCAAUGGUAGACACAAUCUUCAGUGAUAUCAGUCAGUUUGAUCAGUCUAGAAUUGUGAUGAAAAAUGCUGAGUAUUUCCUAAAGGAAAAGGGAAAGAUUCUGAUUUCAAUCAAGGCGUCUUGUGUGGAUUCAGCCAUUCCAGCUGAUCAGGUAUUUGCUAAUGAAAUCAAUUGGCUUAAAAAGAACUCAUUCAAACCAAUCGAGCAAGUUACGUUGGAACCAUACGAGAGAAACCAUGCCAUUGUCACCGGAACAUACAAACCAAAGUAA